AUGAAGCCAGUUCGGGUCAUCACCCUUUGGUGGUUGCUACUGCUGGUGCCCAGGCUGGGAGCUACAAGGAAGGGGUCCCAAGAAGAGUCCUUCUACUACGGAACAUUCCCACCUGGUUUUUCCUGGGGUGUGGGCAGUUCUGCCUACCAGACGGAGGGUGCCUGGGACCAGGAUGGAAAAGGACCCAGCAUCUGGGAUGCCUUCACACACAGCGGGAAAGGGAAGGUGCUUGGGGAUGAGACAGCAGAUGUGGCUUGCGAUGGUUACUACAAGGUCCAGGAGGACAUCGCUUUGCUGAGGGAGCUGAACGUGAGCCACUAUCAAUUCUCCCUGUCUUGGCCCAGACUCCUGCCCACGGGUGUUCGAGCUGAUCAGGUGAAUGGGAAGGGAGUCAAAUACUACAGCGAUGUCAUUGAUGCCCUUCUGAAGAGCAAUAUCACCCCCAUGGUGACCCUGCAUCACUGGGAUCUCCCUCAGCUGCUCCAGGUUAAAUAUGGUGGGUGGCAGAACACGAGCCUGAUCGACUACUUCAAUGAUUACGCCAAUCUGUGCUUUGAGGCCUUUGGGGAUCGGGUGAAGCACUGGAUCACUUUCAGUGAUCCUCGGGCAAUGGUGGAAAAAGGCUAUGAGACAGGCCAUCAUGCACCAGGCUUGAAGCUCCAUGGCACCGGCCUGUACAAGGCAGCACAUCACAUCAUUAAGGCCCACGCGCAAGCCUGGCAUUCUUAUAACACCACAUGGCGCAGCAGGCAGCAAGGUUUUGUGGGGAUUUCAUUAAACUGUGAUUGGGGGGAACCCAUGGACAUCAGGAACCCCAGGGAAAUAGAGGCUGCAGAAAGAUACCUACAAUUCUGCCUGGGCUGGUUUGCCAAUCCCAUUUAUGCUGGUGACUAUCCUCAAGUCAUGAAGGAUCGUAUAGGAAAAAAGAGUGCUGAGCAAGGCCUAGAGAUGUCAAGGUUACCAGUGUUCUCACUCAAGGAAAAAAGUUACAUUAAAGGCACAUCGGAUUUCUUGGGAUUAGGUCAUUUUACUACUCGGUAUAUCACAGAAAGGAACCACCCCUCCCACCAGGGGCCCAGCUACCAAAACGAUCGUGAUUUAGUGGAACUGGUUGAUCCAAACUGGCCAGAUCUGGGAUCCAACUGGCUAUAUUCUGUGCCUUGGGGUUUUAGGAGGCUCCUCAACUUUGCUCAGACUCAAUAUGUUGAUCCUCCCAUUUAUGUGACACAAAAUGGAGCUUCUCAAAAAUUACAUUGUACUCAAUUAUGUGAUCAGUGGAGAAUACAAUACCUUAAAGGAUACAUAAAUGAAAUGCUAAAAGCUAUAAAAGAUGGUGCUAAUAUAAGAGGGUAUACUUCCUGGUCUUUGUUGGAUAAAUUUGAAUGGGAGAAAGGAUAUUCAGAGAGAUACGGAUUCUACUAUGUUGAAUUUAACAACAGAAAUAAACCUCGCUAUCCAAAAGCUUCUGUUCAAUAUUACAAGAAGAUUAUCGCAGCCAAUGGAUUUCCCAAUCCAAGAGAGGUGAGAAGUUGGUACCUUGAAGCCUUAGAAACUUGCUCUAUCAACAAUCAAAUGCUUGCUGCAGAGCCAUUGUUAAGUCACAUGCAAAUGGUUACAGAGAUUGUGGUACCCACGGUCUGCACGCUCUGCAUACUCAUCGCUGCAGUUCUACUGAUGCUCCUCCUACAGAGGCAGAGUUGA